AUGACCCAUAGUAGUGAGAGUGAGCAAGGGGAGUUUGAGAUUGGAGUGAACCUUGUUCAAGAGGAGGGAAAUGGCUCUCCAACAAGAGGAAGUGAUGAGACUGAGAGUGAAGAGGAAGGAGAAGAGGUGAACCAAUUGGUUGAUGAGAGUGAGCAAGAGGGUAACCAAGAUGAGCCAUGGAGGAGGCUGAGCCACAAGAGGAGGAAGAGAACUCCCCAUGUCAAGGCUGCUCAGAUCAGGAGUCCAGUGCUUGAGAUAUGUCCACAAGGCUCUUGCCAACACCUUCUUUGCAAGGAAAGCCACUGGACAAUCAAUGAGGGAGAAGUGAAGCUCCUUGACAUGGGAAUCAAGCCCAUCAUCUCACGCACAAGGAUGGGAAGAAGAUCAGAGGAGAUAGGGCACAUGCAGGGAACUCAUGCCCUCCUUGAGCAGCUCUCACCUACAAGGUCACAGCCUCACACCAAUCUUUGUGCAGCAGCUGGAGUCCAACUGACAAGAAGGUCUACUCCAGGUUGGAUGGACAUCAAGUUUUGCAAGACCAACCUCCUCAUUGAGCACAAGGAGUUGGAUGGGAGGUUCCAAUUCAAGUUCACACAUCCAUUGGCUGGACCUCCAAGCUUCUCCUGCCCAACCCAGAGCUCACCACUAGUCAGGGGUGAGAACAUUGACUUCAGACCCCCUGUGUACACAUUAGUUGGGCAUGAGAAGAUUUGCGAGAAGAGGAGUCUGAGCUCGAUCGAGCUGAGGAUCGAGCUGAGGUCAAGUCCAUGA